AUGGAAGGCGUAGGCGCAAAUGAAUCAAAAAUACGUCAUCAAACAAUAAUCCGAGUACAAUCAACGUUGAACGAAUUUGUAGCAGAGAUGGAUGCACAUAUCAUACCAAAAAUCGUUUCAGAUCAGCCAAUGCACUAUUUAAAUAUCGAAUCCUGGGAUAUUCCAAAGGAAUUAACUCUCGCUGAUCCAGAUUUUAACAAACCUGGCCGAAUAGAUUGCCUGUUAGGAGCAGAGAUCUUUUUCAAGUUACUUAGUGAAGGUCAAAUAAAACUAGCAGGUAGUCUUCCAACACUUCAGAAUUCUAUUUUUGGAUGGGUUGUAGCUGGCAAUGUUGAAACUUUAAAUUCAAGCACGGCAACUUGUGGCAUGUGCACUACUAAGGAACUAGAAGAAUCUAUAUUGAAAUUCUGGGAAUCAGAAGAAAUUCCAGAUUCAACUUCGGAACUCACAGAAGACGAAUUGCGUUGUGAGUCACAUUUUUUGCAACACACUUUUCGAGGAAGUGAUGGCAGAUUUGUUGUGAAACUCCCACCAAAGAAUCAUCCAUCAGUGUUACCAGAUACAAAAGGAAUCGCUUACGAGAGGUUCAAGACAAUCGAGCGCCGUUUCAUUCAAAAUCCUGAUCUAAAGAAUCAAUAUGUUUCAUUUAUGAGGGAAUAUGACGCAUUGGGACACAUGACAAAAUUCAGCGGUAGCGAAAUAGUAUCUCCCCAAUAUUUCAUCCCUCACCACUGUGUGCUACGUCCAGACAGCUCAACAUCAAAACUGCGAGUUGUAUUUGACGCAUCAGUACACAAAUUAUCAGGGCCAUCACUAAAUGACAUAAUGUUUAAUGGUCCAAAAGUUCAAGACGAACUGUUUUCGAUUUUGCUCAGAUUUAGAAUGCACAAAUAUGUUUUAAAAACUGAUGUGGAAAAAAUGUACCGUCAAAUAUGGGUUAACAAAGAUGAUCGAAAUCUGCAACUCAUAAUGUGGCGAGAAAAUCCCACAGAACCACUUAAUUAUUAUCAGUUGAACACAGUUACUUAUGGCACAAGAGCAGCAAUUUUGUCUAACAAAAUUGGCGGAUGA